AUGAGCGACAGGACUAGCGGCACCGUAGAGCCUAUUGCCAUUAUUGGUAGUAGUUGUAGGUUUCCUGGAGGUACAGACUCUCCAAGCAAACUGUGGGAACUAUUGAAGCAUCCUGUUGAUCUUCUUACCGAAAUCCCACCCAGCCGCUUCAACCCUGCGGGGUUCUAUCAUGAGAAUGCAGAGCAUCCUGGGACAACGAACGUGACGAAAGGAUACUUUCUUGAAAAUGACCCAUGGGCCUUUGACAAUGACUUUUUCAAUAUUAGUGCCAGAGAGGCCGAAUCAAUGGACCCUCAACAGCGAGUCAUUUUAGAAACAGUCUAUGAGUCUAUCGAGUCUGCGGGAUACUCGAUAUCCCGCCUCAGAGGUUCCUCGACUGGCGUGUUUUUGGGCCAAAUGGCAGAUGACUACCGAGACCUCCUACUACGGGAUAUAGACUGCCACCCACAGCAUGCAGCAACGGGUACUUCUCGUUCUAUAGUUGCCAACCGGGUGUCAUAUACAUUUGACUGGAAGGGCCCUUCGAUGAACAUCGACACGGCCUGUUCUUCCAGUCUCGUGGCUCUACAUCUAGCAGUUCAGUCGCUAAGGAAUGGAGAGUCUGAGAUGGCUGUCGUUGCUGGAACGAAUCUCAUGAUGAGCCCCGAAUUUUUCGGCUUCGUGAACAGUCUGCGUAUGCUGUCUCCGACUGGGAGCUCCCGCAUGUGGGAUGCUAGUGCAGACGGCUAUGCUCGCGGAGAGGGCUUCGCUGUUGUUGUUAUAAAGACAUUAAAGAGAGCCCUUGAAGAUGGUGACGAUGUAGAGAGUAUAAUACGCAACACAGGAGUCAAUCAAGACGGCCGAUCGACAGGUCUUACAGUUCCGAAUGCGGCUUCUCAAUCCGAGCUUAUGAAGUCAACAUAUGCCAGAUGUGGGCUAGAUUGCGGAAGGGAAGAAGACCGUUGUCAAUAUUUUGAGGCUCAUGGAACAGGAACACAAGCUGGAGAUCCAAAAGAGGCGGAAGGCAUAAGUACGGCCUUCUUUCCUAAUUAUCACAAUGAAAGGUUUAGUCUUCAAGCCGAGAAUGGGAUCAUGAAAAAUAAAAUUCACGUUGGCUCGAUCAAGACAGUUAUAGGGCAUCUAGAGGGCACAGCUGGACUAGCAAGCCUUUUGAAGGCCUCCCAAGCAGUGCAACACGGACUGAUACCACCAAAUCUACACUUUAACCAGCUAAAUCCAGCGAUAGAGCCGUAUUACCACGGGUUAGAAGUGGCAAUGAGACUACAACCCUGGCCAAAAUUACCAGAAGGAGUACCAAGACGGGCUAGUGUCAACAGCUUCGGAUUCGGAGGUACAAAUUCCCAUGCUAUCCUCGAGAGCUGGGUAGACCCGCUCGUAGCUGCAAGUCCUCACUCUUCGUCACCCUGUUGGGGGCCUUUUAUCUUGUCUGCCCACUCUGAGAAAUCCCUCGCGGCUACAAUUAGCACCCUUUCUGCAACACUCGAGCGCCAAAGCAACAUCGACAUUUCUAGCUUAGCAUGGACUCUACAAACCCGACGAACACAAUUUAUGUACAGAGCGUCGUUUUCAGCAACUAGCAAAGAAGAGCUCAUUGCUAGGCUGGAUUCCUCCCUUAGAGACAAGGAGAAGUUUCCUAUAGCUAUCCAGCCAACGACGAGUUCAUAUAUCCGCAUACUAGGCGUCUUCACAGGACAAGGAGCUCAAUGGGCCACUAUGGGGGCGAGCCUGUACCUGCAUUCAGAAAAGUUUAGGAAUACUAUCCAGAAACUCGAUAUAGCACUCAAGGAUAUCCCGGAAAGCCCUGAUUGGUCUUUGGCAGAAGAAUUGCUGGAACAACAUAACCCAGUAAGGACUUCAUCUGCCGAAAUUUCACAGCCCCUUUGCACAGCUCUUCAGGUGGCGCUAGUCGAUUUGCUUAAGGAAUGCGGGAUAAUGUUUAGUGCUGUUGUGGGCCAUUCGUCAGGGGAAAUCGCUGCUGCAUAUGCUGCCGGGGUUCUCAGUGCAGAAGAUUCCAUCAAAAUUGCAUUCUACAGAGGCCAUCACUCUCGACAAAUUCAAAAUGCGAGCACGAUGCGCGGGAAGAUGAUGGCAGUGGAUAUGGCUCCGGAAGAUGCGGAGGUUUUCUGUCGACAGACGCGCUUUUCGGGCAGAAUUAAUGUGGCCGCAAAGAAUUCGCCUUCAUGUGUCACUCUCUCAGGAGAUUCCAAGGCCAUUGAAGAAGCUAAAAUGGUUCUGCAUGAGCAGGCAGCAUUUGCUAGGACCCUCAAGGUCGAUACUGCGUAUCAUUCCCAUCACAUGGAAUGUGUGCGAGAGGCAUAUUUCACAUCGCUCAAAGAUGCCAAUAUUCAACCAAUAAGAAACUGUUUCGGAGGUUCUUGUAACUGGUACUCAAGUGUAUAUGGCCCGGAUGACAGUAGGGGCAUGUACGACAGCAUCUUAUUCGAGCAUAUGUACUGGGUCGAAAAUAUGGUAAACCCUGUCUUAUUUUCCGACGCCAUUUCUUCAGCAGUACAGAAAGAACAAUUUGAUCUAGCUCUCGAAGUCGGGCCCCAUCCAGCGUUGCGCGGCCCUGCAGCCGAGUCUAUUAAAGAUGCAUCAGGCAGCAUUAUUCGAUAUCAAGGGGUGCUCGAGAGAAACAAAGAUGCACUAGAUACAUUUUCCAGUGCUCUAGGCUUUGUGUGGAGCUGCACUAACUCUCCCGACUCGCCCGUCGACUUUGGAGGCUUUCGAAGAGCCUGUGACGGGCCUAACUGGACGAUUCCCCGCGUCUACAAGGGUUUACCCUCAUAUCCGUGGGAUCACGACCGGCCAAUGCUUAAAGAAUCUAAGAGAUCGAAGACAUGGCGCUCACGUAGCACUCCAUUUCACGAGUUACUCGGCUAUCCAAGCUCGAGCUUCGGGCACCGGGAGAUCCGCUGGCGAAACAUCCUUAGAAUCGGCGACGUGGAGUGGUUGCGAGGCCAUCAGUUCCAGAACCAUGCUUUGCUUCCUGCCGCCAGCUAUUUGGCAAUGGCAUUAAAUGCGGCCGUGUCUCUUGGUGGACAGGGCCAGCCGAUCCAACUGGUGGAAUUGCAAGAUGUUGUGAUACAUAAUGGAGUCUCACUAGAAGAAGGCUCACCUGGGGUUGACAUAAACUUUGUCAUCAGACUGGUUGAAGAGACUUCUGUUGGUAAAACAGCCGAGUUUUCUUGUUACAGCAGCAAUGUCGACACUGCAUCUCCCGAAUUUGACAAGGAGGUUUUCACUGGUCGCGCCUUUGUGAAAUUAGGCGCUCCUGUUGAAGACGCCUUGCCUAGUAGAAUAGCUCCCGACCUUCCCAUGAAAGACGUAGCUGUCGACCGUUUCUACUCUUGGAUGCAAAAGGUCGGCCUACAGUAUUCGGGGCCCUUCGUACUAGACUCAAUCAAAAGACGACUGAAUCUAGCCACUGUUACUACGAAGCGUAUAGUGACUGAUCAGUACACAAUUCAUCCAGCAACAUUAGAUAGUAUUGUCCAGAGCCUUUUUGUUGCAUUUUCUUACCCAGGUGAUGGACGAAUGUGGACUACGUAUCUGCCAAAGAGCUUUCGGCGAGUUCACUUUGACAUGCAUGCUCGCCAGCAAACGAGUUCGCAACUUGUUGCUGAUUGCUACCUCUCAGAGUCUUCAGCGCGUGAAAUCAGUGGUGAUAUUGAUGUGUUCUCUCUAGAAGACAACCAUGCCGAAAUCCAGAUUCAGGGCGCUGUUUUUGCCUCCCUCGAGACCCCCGCUGUGGCUAACGACCGUGGCAUGUUUUGGCGCACGGUCUGGAAGAGGGAUAUAUUGUCCUCAAUAGAGCCAGAUGAAGAAGUAUAUACGCGAACACCAUUGGCGGAGGACCGGAAACUGCAUGAGGUAUGCGAAAGAACCGCAUAUUUCUACCUCCGCCAGCUUUUAAGAGAGGUUGGGCAAGAAGAGAUGGAGUCGAAAGAAUGGUAUUUUCAAUGCUUAAUGCAUUGGGCCCUGGAAUACGUAUUUCCAGCAGCUCAAUCGGGUAAACAUUCUCGCUGGAAAAUGCAUUGGGAAAAUGAUACUGUUGAACCGAUAAAUAUGCUCGUGGACCGGGAAUUUGAGGAUCAGAUUGAUAUAAAGCUCAUCCAUCAGCUGGGUCAAAGACUCCCGUCCAUUGUGCGGGGUUCGGUGCCAAUAUUGCAGGUUCUCAAAGAAGAUGACAUGCUUGAUAGACUUUAUACAGAGGGUCUAGGAUUCUGCGAAACAAAUAGUCGUCUUGGGCUACUCCUAGAUCAAAUUGUCCACCGAUAUCCCCGAAUGCGAGUCCUUGAAAUCGGUGCUGGUACUGGUGGAUCUACAUCCAUUGCGUUGAAGCAUCUUGGGAUUAAACUCGAGGACUACACAUUCACGGACGUCUCCCCGGGAUUCUUUCCGGCAGCCGAAGCCCGUUUCGCAGAGCAUGAGAAUGUUAUGACAUUUAAAGUCCUUGAUAUCGAGCAAUCACCAGUGGAACAGGGGUUCCAAGCGCAUUCGUACGAUCUUAUUAUCGCUGCGCAUGUGCUCCAUGCAACUAAAUCCAUCUCCGAAACUGUACAGCAUUGCCGGGAGCUCUUGCGGCCUGGAGGCUAUUUAAUCCUACUAGAGCUGACCAGCUCGACGACGCUACGUACUCCAUUUCUGUUCUCCGGUUUCCCUGGAUGGUGGCUCGGUCGUGAAGAUGGCCGAAUUCAAAGUCCGAUGAUCACAGAGUCACAGUGGGAUGCAGUUCUGAGGGAGAAUCUAUUUUCAGGAGUGGAUCAUUCUCUUAGAGACUUUGAGGAUGAUUCCCUGCACACCUUCUCUGCUAUAGUGAGUCAGGCUGUAGAUGAACGAAUAGACUUUUUGAGGGAUCCUCUAUAUCAGGCAAACGAUGUGAAACGCAUCGAGAAGUUGCUGAUCAUCGGUGGACACUCUCUGACAUUGUCUAAGAUGGCGAACAAGGUGCAGUUCCUUCUCAGCCCAUUUGUAGAACAUACGAAAGUCAUCAGUACGCUGGAAGACGUGAUAGAAAGUCGUUCAAGCUACCACGAAAGUGUGGUGAUCUGUCUUUCAGACCUAGAGGGAGCAACUUUUGCACAAAUAGAUCGGCGACGCAUUUCAGCUAUACAUGCGCUAUUCUGCGAAGCUAAAUACAUUCUAUGGGCUACGCGAGGUUGCCGUUCUGACGAUCCAUAUGCAAACAUGAUAGUUGGCCUUGGUCGCUCUGCUACCCGAGAAAUGGCCCAUCUCCGGCUUAAAUUUGUCGACGUUGACCGUAUUCGAACCCAAAAGCAGCAACCCGAAGCUACCAUGUUCUGUGAGAUGCUUCUACAGAUGAUUUAUUUGGAUCUGCCGAGUUUCGAUGAUAUCCUUUGGAGUAAUGAGACAGAGGUAGCCGUGGUGGAUGGGACUGUUCUUAUUCCGAGAGUUGUUCUAGACCACGAUCUAAAUACUUGCUUCAACUCUGCGAGACGAGCCAUCACUAAAAGCGUGUCUCCAAUUUCAACUGUUGUUGAAUUGUCUACUAGGGAUGCAAGUAUUGCCAUGGAAGAAAUUGCAUGUGGCCGCAAGCAAGAACACGAAGCGAGCUUUAGUCCACUCCAAGUCGUCUCAUCCUCGCUGUUCCAGUUUGCUUGCACGGAUGGUAGCCAGCCAUUUUACAUUUGCUUGGGCCUUAUGGACGGUAAAAACGAGAAUUAUUUAGCUAUUUCAGAGACAAAUAGCUCAAUAACCCCAAUAGCUCCUGAUUGCGCUUUCGUUUGUAAAGCGAGUGCAAGCGCCGACGAGACACUGGCGUCGAUAUUGACGGUCAUUAUGUGUGAAAGUAUUCUAUCAGGCUGUGUCGGACUCGUGUGGGUACAUGAUGCGGAUGACUGCACUGCUCGGAUCAUAUCUCACUUGGCCAGUCAUCAGGGUGUUUCCGUAUUCUUGUCCACAAGCAAAAGGACAUCGGCAUUGAUACCUACCGGUAUGGUAACUUAUGUCCAUCCACAGGCACCGGAAAGGGAACUAAGAUCUCGAAUUCCUCGCAACAUCAGACGGUUUGUCAAUAUGGGAGUUGAUGCAAAUGGUCUUGCAGAAUUUGCAACAACUUUUACUGGACAUAAAAUGGAUGUUCAACCAAGUAUGCAGAAUUUCAGUGUGAGGGAGGCAAUAUCCUUAUCCUACGACAAAUCGAAGCUUGUAAAGAUUUUGACGGAUUACUGUUUUCAACCAGAUUUUCCACAUAUAACAGGACCUCAAGCGCUGAAGAAUGUCGUCAAAGCGGAUAUAGUACACGAGCAGCCAGAAAGAGCGACCCCAACAAGCAUCAUAUCUUGGACUGAUAUUCAAUCCAUUCAAGUCCAAGUGAUGCCAGCCACGAAGAGUUGUCACCCUUUUGCGAUUGGGAAGACGUAUUUUCUCGUUGGACUUACAGGCGACUUGGGACUAUCACUCUGCCAGUGGAUGGCGGAUCAUGGAGCCAAAUACAUCGCCAUUGCAAGCCGACGCCCAAACGUGCCUCCAGAAAUUGUAGAAAAUUUCCAAGAGAAUGGUGUAGUCGUUCGCGUAUUUUCUCUAGAUGUUACGGACAUGGAAAAUUUGACAGAAGUUCACCAAGAAAUAAUUUCGUCCAUGCCACCUAUCGCCGGAGUAGCUAAUGCUGCACUAGUGAUGCGUGACUGUCCCUUUGAUGGGAUGUCAUUUGAGGACCUAGAGGCUGUCUUAAAGCCCAAGGUUACUGGAAGUGAGAACCUGGAUAAAUUGUUUUUUUCAACACCCCUCGAUUUCUUCAUUCUCUUCUCAUCAGUCACAAGCAUUACCGGCAGACCUGGUCAGGCCAAUUACAAUGCCGCUAAUAUGUUUAUGUCAACACUGGCCGAGCGAAGACGCAGAAGAGGCUUGGCUGCGUCAGUUAUGCACUUUGGGAUGCUACUUGGAUUAGGCUUCGUGCAUGGACAAGCCGGGCCAACCGUCGAAGCUAAGGUUCGUCAGGACGAUUUUGAAGCCAUUUCAGAGGCCGACUUUCAUGAAAUAUUUGCACAAGCAAUCCUAUCCGGUCGUGCAGAUUCUGGUUUGGAUCCCCAACUCAUUGCUGGGCUUGGAACUGCAAUCGAAACUUCCUGGCGUUAUAACCCGCGGUUUUGGCAUUGUCGCGUUAAGGGCGAGGAGAGACUUAUUCAAGGACGUCAACGUGAUCAAUAUAAAUUAACCCAAAGUCUUCAAGAUCAGCUCAUAGAGGCUAACGAUGGUACACAGGCCUUAUCUAUUCUGAAAGUUGCCAUUGCUUCUAGAGUAAGUUUAGCCCUUGGUUCCCCCGGUGCGGAGUUGAAUGAAAAUGUCAGCUUCGUGGCUCUGGGUAUCGAUUCGCUGGUAGCUGUUGAGAUCCGCUCAUGGCUCCUUGCAACUAUCAAAGUUGAUUAUCCAGCUUUGAAAUUUUUGAGUGGUGUGUCAUUGCUUGAGAUCUGCCAGGAAGUGCUGGUCAAAUUCGAGACGUUGAGGCCACGGGUCAACGGGAAUGAUAAGGAUGACAAGAAACAAAAUGGGGAAACCAGUGGCAUAGCCAUGGACCCCUCUGACCAAGAACCUAAGACAAGACCUAAAUUGAACGGUAUACACAACACUGCGGCCAUUCAUUUGGAAGUUCCCAAUGGAAUUAGCAAGGCAGAUAAGGAACCAGGACAGAUUGAAUAUGAGAGGAUUGGUGAUAUGUCUCUUGCGCAGGCCCAACUGUUCUUCUUGCACGAAUAUCUCCAAACAAAUGCAUACAACAUCGCUUACUUCGGACACUUUCACGGUCAGCUGGACAUAAAAAGAUUGCAAACGGCCCUUCGCGUGGUUGGAAAGCGACACGAGGCUAUUAGAAGCGCCUACUUCAUGGACGUAUCCACUAUGCGGCCCGUACAAGCGGUACUGCGCGAGCCUCAAAUCGAACUCGUACACAGAACAAUUCAGGAAGACAGCGAGGUGCACACCGAGAUCGAGACCGUCAAGGAGUCUAGAUUCGAGAUAGAGAAAGGAGUUGUUAUGAAGGUAACAGCCUUAUCAUACUCAACGUCUCUUCAUUUCAUACUAUUCACCCAUCACCAUAUUGCGCUCGACGGUGCCUCUUGGAGCGUGUUCCUUGCUGAUCUCGCAAAUGCAUACUCGGGACGCGUAACGAGUACCGCAAUGGGUACUGGUAUCCCGCAAUGUAUUGAAAUGGCAAAAAGACAGCAGAAGGCAUUAAAACACCAUGAUCUCUAUACCGACCUUGCCUUUUGGAAGGAAAUCUACCAAACGAUUCCCGAGCCACUUCCUCUCUUUCCAUUCGCCAAAGUGAACAAUCGCCCGGCUGUCAAGGACUACAAUGUUAUUAUUUGCGAUGUAAAACUUUCUGGAGACUUGACGAAGUUAGUGGAGGGAACCUCUGCGAAAAUUGGCGUCACCGCGUUUCAUUUUUACAUUGCAAGCUUUGUCACAUUUCUUGCACGUUGCCUGGGGAUCGGCGAUGUCGCCGUCGGACUUGUAGACGCAAACAGAAACGAGGCGGAAGAUAUGAGAACUAUCGGCUACUUCCUGAAUAUGCUUCCGGUGCGUAUCAUGCUCGAUCAUUCUGAGCAAUUCAAUGCGGUGGCUAGGAGAUCGCGUGAUGCUGUUUUGGCAGCCCUAGGCCAUUCGCUUGCGCCUCUUGACAUGAUACUGGAUAACCUGGGGGUUUCGAAAUCAACGGAACACCAUCCAUUGUUCCAGGUUGCCGUCAACUAUCGCAAAGGGUUCCCCAGUGCCACUGAUUUCGGGAGCGAUGGGAGCAUCGAGUGGGAAAAGGGUGUGCCGGGAGGGCACCCAUACGAUAUGCUUCUCAAUAUUGCCGCGACGUCGGACUGGACCUAUAUCAGUUUCGUCCUGCAGCGGAAUUUGUUCGAGGCAUCCGACGGCGAGCUGCUACUGAAAUGGUAUACACGUGCCCUUGAAGCUUUAGCUCGAGACCCCGACUUUGAAGUCGGUAGGUGUCCGGUAUCCGACGAGGCCGAUAUUGCAGAAGCGAUCAGGCUCGGGCGUGGUCGUGAUGUUGAAGUGCCAUGGAAAGGCACACUCACUGACCGCGUCGAGGAAGUCGCGGCCAAGCUGCCAGAAAGCAUCGCAAUUAAAGAUGGUCAAAGUGAAACCCUCACGUAUUCGCAAAUGACGUCCAGGAUGAUUCAAAUCACACAUCAACUACAAGCCGUUACGCCCUCGCUCCCUCUUGGCUCGCACGUAGCUAUGCUUCUCGACCCUGUCGCUGACGCUGUCUGUUGUAUUCUUGCUAUCUUGCGCUUGGGUUUUGUUUGGAUUCCUCUGGAUACGCGCAAUCAUCAUCAGCGGCUUCAUGCCGUGGUUGAAGAAAGCCGACCGCGCGUGUUGUUGUGCCACAAUGCUACAGAGAAGCUCGCACAACAGAUUUCGGCCGACACGGACUUCACAUCAAUAUUAAGUAUUGAUAAUAACGAUAAUAUUGAUGGUAUUGUUGAUGACAAGUACAAUACGUCUAUUUGUCAAGAUACAGUCAAAACCAACAGUAAUAGAAUCAAUCAACCCGCAAUGAUUCUCUACACAAGCGGAUCGACUGGCGUUCCAAAGGGUGUCGUACUCACACAUGGAGGUCUGGUGAACCAAAUCUACGGCACAAUCACUACUCUUAGCCUCGAGCGUGAGACAACACUUCAGCAGAGCCCCCUUGGCUUCGACCUGAUGCUCGACCAAAUCUUCCUAGCCAUAUGUAACGGGGGUACGAUUGUCAUAGUAGGCAAAUCCGGACGAGGCGACCCAAUACACAUGGCCAAUCUCAUGGUCAAACAUGGCGUAACCCUAACACACUUUGUGCCGUCUGAGUAUUUAGCGCUGCUAAACUACGGACAUCAUAUUCUUACAAAAUCCCACUCAUGGCGCUAUGCGAUGUCAGGUGGAGAGAAGCUAGGCCGGGAGCUGCAUAAAGCUUUCCGCAAGCUAGACUCUGAUACUUUGAAUCUUGUUAAUGUGUAUGGCCCAGCGGAGAUUACAGUGGCUUGCGCGAGAGGUAUUGUACCGUUGGAUGACGUGGAUGAUAACAGCAGCAUUGAUUAUCUUCUCCCGUCGCCAAACUACAGUCUUGAAAUUACUGACGCUGAUAUGAACAUCCUACCCGUUGGCUUUCCGGGUGAAAUCUGUAUCUCUGGACAGGGUGUUGGUAUUGGAUAUCUCCAAAGAGUUGAAGAAUCCAGCUACAAAUUUACUCAGAGAAAGUCAGUCACGUCACCAUCUUCGGUGAUCAGGAUCUAUCGUUCAGGUGACAAGGGUAGGAUUCUACCAAAUGGAACGCUUAAAGUUCUAGGACGAUUGGACGGAGAUAGCCAGGUCAAGAUAAAUGGCUUCCGUGUUGAGCUUGAUGAGAUUGCCAAUGCCAUUGUAAAUGUCUCCAAAGGAGCAAUUGUCAAUGCUGCUGCUUCGUUGAGAGUUGGUCAGCCUACGGACAUACUCGUCGCCUUUGUCGUUUUCGACGUCGAGUUUACCGGAAACAAGUCCGAUUUUAUAGAGUGGCUCCAGCCCAAUAUUCCUCUGCCACCAGUCAUGAAGCCGACUUUCAUAAUUCCGACAGAACGAAUACCAGCUACCGCCAACGGAAAGACGGACAGGCGCGCUGUAGAUAAACUGCAUAUCGCCGAGUCCGGUGCUUCGAGUAAUGAAGAUACUUUCACGAACAGCUUCAGCCCCUGGGAAAAUUCAAUUAAAGAAGUUUGGGACGAGGUUCUCUCGACUCGAAUAGUCCAUAUUUCCGGACAAAAUUAUAAUGCGCCAGUCAUUCAGCCUAGCUCAGACUUUUUCCAAGUUGGCGGGAGUUCAAUUUUAAUGAUCAAACUCAAAGCGCUUCUGGAAGUCCAGUUCGGUGCGACGGUGUCUAUGCCCGAUCUCUUCCAUUCCAGUACUUUGAGUAGGAUGGCUACUCUUGUUGCAAAUGCCGCGGAGGCUUCCCAAAAUACAGCGUCUUCAUCGGCCACCGCGUCAUCGUUCUUUGGACCUACAGGUGCCCAGCCGACGAUCAACUGGGAUCUUGAAAUUGCAAGCAUGGCCGAUGGGCUCCCUCAACCCAAAUCCAUAUUCACAUUGUCUGAUCAAAGGCAAUUGAAUGGGAUGGGAGGCCUGUUGGUCGUGUUGACUGGUGCUACCGGAUUCGUUGGAAGACACCUGCUGUCGCACCUCGUACAAGAUCCAAGAGUUGCCGAGGUACACUGUCUAGCAAUAAGGUCCGACGAGAACGGAAACGCACGGCACGUUUCCAUAAAAAGCGAAAAGAUUGUUGAGUAUGUCGGAGACCUAUCAUCUCUCAACCUCGGCCUCACAGACUCCCAAUUCGCCUUCCUGGCCCAACACGCUAGCUUCAUCAUCCAUAACGGUGCCGAUGUGUCUCUUCUAAAAACAUACCGGUCUCUACGUCGCGCAAAUGUUGUUUCGACGCGCACAUUAUGCGAGAUAGCCAUACCCCGCCGGAUACCACUACACUAUGUAUCUACGGCGUCCGUGGCCAAGGUGAUUGAACUCGAUAACGAGGAGUCGCUCCUCGAAGUGCCCGCAUCGCCCGCCGUUCCCGAGCUUCUAAACUCAGUGGAUGGGUAUGCAUCCUCAAAAUGGGUUAGUGAGAUGCUUCUAGAGAAAGUUGCGGAGGAUAAUGGGCUCCCUGUGUUUAUUCAUCGACUCGCUCAUGUCGUAGGCAACGACGCAUCCGAGCUAGACGCUGUGGGCAUGCUUACUAAGUACUCACUGUUGGUUGGUAAAAUGCCGCGGAUCAAGGUAGAGGAUGUGAGAGGUCAGUGGGACUUUAUCAUGGUGCAAGAUAUGGUGAGGGAUUUGAUCAAAUCAGCUGUCGAAUCUGCGAUCGAUGGUAGUAAUCCGCCAGAUUUAAAACAACAAAAACAAGGAAAAGUUCUCAUUUUCAUGAACCACUGUAGCGAUAUGAAAGUUCCACAUGAGAAAUUUGGAAAAUAUCUAGAAGACAUGGCUGGACGAUCCCUGCAAGAUAUCAGCAUGACGGGAUGGUUGGCGGAAGCAAGUGGAAGAGGACUUCAUCCGUUAGUACAGGAGUUUUUUGCGGCAUUUGAUAAUGGACGAGGCAAAAUGGUGUUGCCGAUUAUUGCAAAAGGUGUGAAGUGA